CUUAUAGGCAUCACUCCAAAAACUGUUGCAGUUCGAUUUCGUCUUCUACCCCAGAAAGCGUCUCACUUCGUCACAACCGUCUGUCUGGAACUCCUACAAUCAAUGGUUUCUGCUUCGGUUCCAGCUGUAGGAGCUAUUAACAUAGCACCGUUAGGAUUACUUAAAUGGAAUCAGGGAUUUAUUUUGAGUUGAUUGGGUGUAAGGAAAGGUCAUGGCUUUUGCAGUUGAAAUUGAAUGGCUCAGGAGCCGGAACUUCGGUUCCAAGUUCGGCAUUCUUGGGCAACAACUUGAAGAGGGUGAGAUCCAAGAUCACCAGCAAGAGGAUAUCUUCUGGUAAUUUCAAGGUCGUUGCGGAGUACAAUGAACAGAAGCAGACCUCAAAGGACAGAUGGGGAGGACUCGCCUUUGACAGCUCGGACGACCAGCAGGACAUUACUAGAGGAAAAGGAAUGGUGGAUACUCUCUUCCAAGCUCCCACGGGUUCGGGGACACACUAUGCUGUCAUGAGCUCCUACGACUACAUUAGUACAGGUCUUCGACAAUACAACCUUGAUAACACCAUGGAUGGAUUUUACAUUGCUCCUGCAUUUAUGGACAAGGUUGUUGUUCACAUCACCAAGAACUUCCUGAACUUGCCAAACAUUAAGGUUCCUCUCAUCUUGGGUAUCUGGGGAGGCAAAGGUCAAGGAAAGUCAUUUCAAUGUGAGCUUGUCUUCGCCAAAAUGGGAAUCAACCCCAUCAUGAUGAGUGCUGGAGAAUUAGAAAGUGGGAACGCUGGAGAGCCAGCAAAAUUGAUCAGGCAAAGAUAUCGUGAAGCGGCUGACAUCAUCAGGAAGGGAAAGAUGUGCUGCCUGUUCAUCAAUGACUUGGAUGCAGGAGCCGGUAGGCUUGGUGGAACAACACAAUACACAGUGAACAAUCAGAUGGUGAAUGCGACCCUCAUGAACAUUGCUGAUAACCCAACCAAUGUCCAGCUUCCUGGCAUGUACAACAAGGAAGAAAAUCCCCGGGUUCCUAUCAUAGUCACUGGCAAUGACUUCUCCACAUUAUAUGCUCCUCUCAUCCGUGAUGGUCGUAUGGAAAAGUUCUACUGGGCGCCUACUCGAGAAGACCGCAUCGGAGUCUGCUCCGGUAUCUUCCGGACAGACGGUGUACCCAAGGAAGACAUAGUGAAGCUCGUGGACACCUUCCCCGGACAGUCCAUUGACUUCUUUGGAGCCCUCAGGGCUAGAGUGUAUGAUGAUGAAGUGAGGAAAUGGAUAUCAAGUGUGGGGGUAGAAAGUGUUGGAAAACGGCUUGUGAACUCAAAGGAGGGACCCCCAACAUUUGAGCAACCAAAAAUGAGUCUCGAGAAGCUCCUUGAGUAUGGAAGCAAGCUUGUCCAAGAGCAGGAAAAUGUGAAGAGAGUCCAAUUGGCUGACAAAUAUUUGAAGGAGGCAGCUCUCGGAGAUGCAAAUGAAGAUGCCAUCAAGCGUGGAAAUUUCUAUGGUUAGGUCCUUGAACCUAAAGGGAAAGCAGCACAACAGGUUGGCCUUCCUGUCCCAGAAGGUUGCACAGAUCCAUCUGCAGCAAACUUUGAUCCUACAGCUAGGAGCGAUGACGGAUCCUGCCUGUAUUAGUUUUAGGUCCCAGAAUGGCUGUAACCACCUCUGUUUCUUGUGAUUGUUUUAGGAUUGUGUAUUUUGAUCUAAAAUUUCUUUUGAAAUCUUGUUUUUUCUUUUACUUUUUGAAAUUGCA